GGGGUGCGUUCCCACCGCACCCUCACAUCCCCUCAGGGCGGGACCCAUGAGGAAAGGAGGGGAGCGCAGCGGCCGCGGCCCCUCCCGCGAGGGGCGGAGCAGAGAGGAGCGGAGGGGACAUCGGCUGUGGAGACAUCAGCGGUGGGGACAUCGGGGGAGGCCAUGGCAGACCACGAAGCGGGGAUCACGGGCAAGGUCCGACGUGAGCAAGGUGACAAUAAUACUGGCCUUGGCAUCUGUGGAUGGAUCCUGGUGAUCACUUCACUUUUUUUCACUGUCCUUACAUUUCCUGUAUCAAUCUGGAUGUGCAUAAAGAUUGUGAAGGAAUACGAGCGAGCCAUCAUCUUCAGGCUUGGACGCAUCUUAAAAGGGGGAGCAAAGGGACCUGGUUUGUUUUUUGUCCUGCCCUGCACAGACAGCUUCAUCAAAGUUGAUAUGAGGACCAUUUCUUUUGAUAUUCCUCCUCAAGAGAUCUUGACCAAGGACUCUGUGACAAUCAAUGUGGAUGGAGUGGUUUAUUACAGAGUUCAGAAUGCCACCCUUGCUGUAGCAAAUAUCACAAAUGCUGACUCUGCCACCCGUCUCUUAGCUCAGACUACUCUGAGGAAUGUUCUGGGGACCAAAAACCUUUCUCAGAUUCUCUCUGAUCGUGAAGAAAUUGCACACAGCAUGCAGAACACCCUUGAUGGUGCAACAGAUGAUUGGGGCAUUAAGGUGGAACGUGUGGAGAUCAAGGACGUGAAAUUACCUGUCCAGCUGCAGAGAGCAAUGGCAGCAGAAGCAGAAGCUGCCCGGGAGGCAAGAGCUAAGGUAAUUGCAGCUGAAGGUGAAAUGAAUGCUUCCAGAGCCCUGAAAGAGGCAUCUAUGGUUAUUACAGAGUCCCCUGCUGCUCUUCAGCUUCGUUACUUGCAGACCUUGACCACCAUUGCUGCAGAGAAGAACUCCACCAUCGUCUUCCCCUUGCCCAUAAAUAUGCUGCAGGGUAUCAUAGGUGGAAGUCACUAGGUUGAGUGGGAGGAGAGGGUCUGGAGUGGGGUUUUUUAUGCUACAAUGAAUGCUUGACAUGCUGAAUGCCUUGUGUGUGUUAUGGCAGUGUUCACAAAGUGGAUUUGCUGAGGAACUUCUGUUAUACUAAGUGUGUUAUAAAACUUAUAUGUAAUGUUUGCAAAUACAGGCAGCCAAAAUACUUGAAACUGAAAGCCUCUCAAAAUUAGAAUUGGGUUGUGACCUUGAAUAUGUAGGUAACCAUACUAGCCUGGGUGGGGUGCCUUUAAUCUCUAACCUCCCAUGUUCAUAUAGCAUAUAAAAUAGUGUGGGGUGAAGAUCCAGUAUCUGGAAAGAUUCUUUGUGCUAAAUGGGUCUGUAGCCCUCCAAGGGAAGCAGAACAGCCCCAGCUGUAUUCUCCUGGAGUGCAGCUGGAUGCAAUGGGGUCAGCUGAUGGUUGUCAUCUGGACUGGUUACUGACCUUAUGCAAGGAACAGUAAUGGAAGUCAAUAGAAGAAGGAGAAAACUAUACUGUGUGCUUCUGAAAAUCAGGUUCAUGAUUAAAGAGUCCCCCACUCAUGAAAAACAGCUGUUAGCCAAUGUUACUAAAGUGGAUCUUUCCCCCUGUGUGCUGCCACACAAAUAACAGAACCAUGCUGUAGUUAUAAGCUUGCAGUCACUGAUGCAACAACUUGUGUUGUUGCAAUGGUGUGACUGUAUAGCUUUAUGCUGCUUUAAAGGCAGACCCCACAUCUGAGUGCAUUAUCUGUUUUGGGUUGUUUUUUUUUUAAUUCUCUAAAAAAGCCAGAGUACCAACUCAGCCAUUUUAUGCAGGUCUGAAAUCUGCUUCUCUGGGAAGCAGCAUCUCUGUAACUAGCAGGGAGUUGCAAUGGUUAACACAAGAUGCUGUACUCUUUAUGUAUCUGUUGUAACAAGCUAAUGAUUUACCUGCUGAGGCUGUUCUGAGCAGAUCUGUAGUAUGUAUAAGACAUUAGAGGUUUAUACUUAAUACCAAAAGCAUUUAAUCUUCAGUUCAUGUAGUCUUGAGCUGUCUGUUAAACUAUAUUUGUAUGUACUGUAUUUGUACCUGUUUAGUAGAUACAAUUCCAGGUUAAAAUGAGAAGGAUCAGAGUAUGUGCUGGGGGAAGCUCUUCAGGAUACCACCAGCAGAGGUUGGUAUCUGUUGUUUAAUCACUGGGGGGUGGCAAUGAAAAUGAAAAGGCUGGCUCAGUGAUGUAAGUGUCCUCCUCAGCCAACAAAGUUCCUAACUUGUCUUUUAUCACCUUUCUGCUACAAUCAGGUCUGCAUUUAUGGGUCUUUAAGGGAGGGCAAGGUCUGCUCACCUGUGCCUUGAUGCACUGUUCCUUUGUCACUGUUAGGAAACAAUGCUCAAGCUCUGUUAGGGCUGGAGCUGCCACUGGUUCUUCUCUGCCUCUUUGCUGUGAACUUUUUUUCUUCCUCUGCACCAUGGAAGCAGUACACCCAUCUGCAUGGGUUUGUUUGUCAAUACUUCAGGUAAUACAAGCUGAGCUUGAGUCUUCCUGGGAGAGGGGGCAGAAAUGGGGCUAACAAAGCUGUACUAAUUAGCAUUACUGUGCUCACGCACUUGGAAGUGGAAAACUGAGUAACUGCAGAGCUUUAGGUGAGUCCUUGGGGAAGAUGAGUGAAUCUCUAACUCCCACUGUUGCUGUUGUUGAUGGCCACCCCUGGGAAUUCUUGUUGACAACAGAAGCAUGCUUUCUGCUCUCAGUCUGAAUAAAAAAAAAACAUGCUCUUUACUAAUGAGUGACUUUCUGAAAGAGCAGGAUACUGUUGAUUUAUCAGGGUCUUAAAUGCUUAUAAUUCUAUCAAGGGCAAAGUAAAACAAUACCCAACCCCCAGCACUAAUUUCUGUAACCACUGGGUAAAAGUGCCUGUGCAAAAGAUAGCACAAAAGUUUAGUUUCCUAACGUGUAUUUGUUUCAAGAAAGUUCAAAUGUGGGAUCUGCAGGCUCUGUGUAAUGUUUUCUGUGUAACAAACCCCACCAUUUGUAUUCUUCAUGUAUUCCAUACAAGCUUUAUUGUAUUAAAUAUUAUCAAAGCAAGGAGUAGG